AUGGGUGAGCUGGUGGUCCAUGAGCAGCUUCAGGAUGGGGAGAAGCCCUACAAGUGCUUGGAGUGUGGGAAGAGCUUCAGCCAGAGCAACAGCCUGAUCUGCCACCAGAUGAUCCACACUGGGGAAUGGCCCUAUGAGUGUGGGGAAUGUGGGAAGGGCUUCAGCUGGAGCUCCCAGCUCAUCGUCCACCAGCGCAUCCACACUGGGGAGAGGCCCUACGAGUGUCCUGAGUGUGGGAAGAGGUUUCACAGCAGCUCCACUCUCCUCAGGCACCAGCGGAUUCACACGGAUGAGAGGCCCUUCCGCUGCCCUGACUGUGGGGAGGGCUUCAAGCGAAACUCCAACCUCAUCAAGCACCAGCGCAUUCACACUGGGGAGAGGCCCUACGAGUGUGGGGAAUGUGGGAAGAGCUUCAGCGAGAGGUCCCACCUCACCAUCCAUCAGAGGAUCCACACCAGGGAACGGCCCUAUGAGUGUGGGGAAUGUGGGAUGACCUUCAGCCGGAGGUCCCACCUGACCAUCCACCAGAUGAUCCACACUGGGGAGAGGCCCUACGAGUGUCCCCAGUGUGGGAAAAGGUUUCAGACCAGCUCCACUCUCCUACAGCAUCAGCGGAUUCACACGGAUGAGAGGCCCUUCCACUACCCCGACUGCAGGAGGGGCUUCAAGAAAAACUCCCACCUCAUCAGGCACCAGCGCAUCCACACUGGGGAGAGGCCCUACGAGUGUCCCCAAUGUGGGAAGAGCUUCAGCGGCCGGAGAUCCAGCCAGGGCUCUGAGCUGGUGGUCCAUGAGCAGCUUCAGGAUGGGGAGAAGCCCUACAAGUGCUUGGAGUGUGGGAAGAGCUUCAGCCAGAGCAACAGCCUGAUCUGCCACCAGAUGAUCCACACUGGGGAAUGGCCCUACGAGUGUGGGGAAUGUGGGAAGGGCUUCAGCUGCAGCUCCCAACUCAUCAUCCACCAGCGCAUCCACACUGGGAAGAGGCCCUACGAGUGUCCCGAGUGUGGGAAGAGGUUUCAGACCAGCUCCCAUCUCCUUGUGCACCAGCGGAUUCACACGGAUGAGAGGCCCUUCCGCUGCCCCGACUGUGGGGAGGGCUUCAAGCAAAACUCCCACCUCAUCACCCACCGGCGCAUCCACACUGGGGAGAGGCCCUAUGAGUGUCCCCAGUGUGGGAAGAGCUUCAGAAACAGCUCUAAUUUGACCAUUCACCAGAGGAUCCACACUGGGGAACAUCCCUAUGAGUGUGGGGAAUGUGGGAUGACCUUCAGCCAGAGGUCCCAUCUGACCAUCCACCAGCGCAUCCACACUGGGGAGAGGCCCUACGAGUGUCCUGAGUGUGGGAAGAGGUUUCAGAGCAGCUCCACUCUCCUCAGGCACCAGCAGAUUCACACGGAUGAGAGGCCCUUCCGCUGCCCUGAGUGCAGGAAGGGCUUCAAGCGAAACUCCCACCUCAUCACCCACCAGCACAUCCACACUGGGGAGAGGCCCUACAAGUGUGGGAAAUGUGGGAAGAGGUUUCAGACCAGGUCCAGUCUCCUCCAGCACCAGCGGAUUCACAUGGAUGAGAGGCCCUUCUGCUGCCCCGAGUGCAGGAAGGGCUUCAAGGACAACUCCACCCUCAUCAGGCACCGGCGCAUCCACACUGGGGAGAGGCCCUACGAGUGUCCCCAGUGUGGGAAGAGCUUCAUCCAGAAAUCUCACUUGACCCAACACCAACAAAAGCACCACUAA